AUGCUAGACCGAGACGAUGUUCGGUUGCUAACGCAGAUUCUGCAUCUAGACAACACCGGGGUGAUGCAGAUCGACCAUAAACCACUUAUUGCGAGACUUAUUGAGAAUUUACCCAAGCGCCUGCGUCGAGCACGACCCCGAUCGUUUGGACUUAAGAAACCGGCCAGAGAAAUAUGCGAAGUACACUCGCAACUGAACGGCGAGCUGAUUGAACAUAUAUUUAUCUUCGUUCAGCGAGAGGUGACGGUCCAUCUGCGCCUGUUCGAAGACAAUCCAGACCUCUGCCAUCCCGUGGAGGAUUAUAUUGUGACGCGUUUACGAGGCAUGCGGGCCAUGUGGACUAAACCGAGCCCCGAAAUCCCGACCAUCCCCUUCGCCUGGCCGUAUCAAAUUAACGAGUGCCCAGCAUGCAUGUUAGCGCGUGUAGCCUCGGACAUAGCUGCUGUGCACUACCUGCGUGUGAUGGUCUUGAGCCGUACUCGCACACGUCGAAAUCAUCGACCACGCACGCUGAUGCCUUUCAUCGAUGAAUGCAUUAAUCAGCUCGGCGGGAAUAUAACAGAGGAAAUCUAUAACACAUCGAGCCAGUUAGCCUUUGGCAUGAAAGCUGCACGCAAGGCCUGUGUGAAAUCCGAGUUGAGGAAGCGAGGGUUCGACUCGCAUCGCCAAUCUAAGCGGCGACGUCGUCAUCGAUCGAAUAGUGAAGCGCGAACGAGGGCUUGUCCCAAGGUAGAGACUCCGAAGAACUCAUCGAUGAAGAUUCUUGAGCAUGAAGCUGUGAUGAUCUCGGCCACUUCUUUGUCUACCGUGGACAUUUGGGGCGACGACCAUUCUGAUUGUCAGCCACAGCAAAAGGCAAUUAGCCCAGAUAUAGGCGGUUCCAACCGUGAUUCAGAUCUCAACCAAGAGACACAUGAUCCGCCGGAGAAUAUUCGAGAAUCAGAGGAUUGGAAUAGUAUACAACUCGGACGUGAUGCGGUUGAUGAACUGAUUGAAAUGUAUAGGACCAUGGGCCAAAAGCAUCCGUACUCUCGUGGUACAUCGGUCCCAGAGGCCAUGGUCCAGCCCCUUGACCCAAGCGAAGAACAGGAACCCAGCCAUAGGCCCAGGAACGCUCCGAUGUACCAUAGAGAUACAUGGGUGAUGAAGUAUCGGACGGCCGAGGAACUCGCCGCCUUGAGCCAGCAAUACGCACAGCUUCCCUUGUCCGCUUUGCUUCCACCACCAGAGGGGUUCCCUAAAGAAGACAUGAGCAUGAAAAACAGGAGUGUUCCUUUUGAGAAUCGGUACUCACCGUCAGACUAUGCUAACACUGAUUGGGAGGAUGACUAUUGCACUGAAUCCGAGUUGGAUCUGAUAGACUCGGCCGCCAACAAUGAUAGCGUCCCAGCCGCAGAGACCACCUGGGACCUGGUAUGCGACCAUCAUAAUGUGAUUUGA